AUGAGCACUACGGAGGGAAAACAUACGCUCUGGCUCCUCUUUAGCAUCCAAGUACUACAACAACCGUGGCGUUAUAAAGAUUAAGGAUACUUUUAAUGGAACCUUUAAUGUGUGGUACAAGACGAAGAAAGAUUAAAUUCAACGGAAACGAAUCUUAAGCGAAAACGGAAGUAGGGAGAAGUGAAACCUCUAUCGUUUUAAGUCCCUCCAAACAGUUGACUGACUCGUACGCACUUGUUUCCUGUUGACAGCGAGAUUUAUAAAUAUUUAUCAGCGAGAUAGGAUGUAAAAAAUAUCGAAAAAGAGACUAAAGACACCGCGGGACGGGACGUGUUUGUGUUUGUCUUUUCCAUGAGUCUCUGGACAGUAUGUCGCUGAGUUCAGACGGUUGGACUCCUCACAACAACCGCGGCUUCGCACCGGACCAGUCCGCUGCCCUCCCCGCUCAGAGUGGGGCCUCGCAGUCACAGCUCGGCUGCCAAACGGUGCUAAUUUCGGUUCGGGUGUCGGUGUGUCAUUCUGGUAUACGGCCGCUGUGUCUACCAGGAGCAGGUGAUGAGUCACUCCGCCUUCUACUCAGCAUGGACCCGGGAAAGUCCGGGGAAUUCCGGCUGUCGCUCCAGGACAACAGCGAAGCUGGCCGGAGUGCGACCAUUGCUGAGUUUGAUCUGAGGACGGUGAACUACGAGGUGAAGUCUCCAAAGUGCCAUGAGCUAAGUUUGGUAGCACCACCUCAUGACCGUAUCAGCUUUAAUUUCCGCUGUGAGCAGGAAGCCCAAGAGUGGGCCACUGUGGUGACGUCAUCACUGAGAGAGGCACAUAGAGUUGCCCCUUAUGCUAAUGGUCUACAGUGUCCCCCGGAUGCCCUUCAACCUCAGAACACACUGGCUUUGCAGCAAACAGAGGACACCUGCAUAGAGUUGUCCCGGGCCAUAGAAGCAGGUGACAUGCAGUCUGCUUCCGACAUUGCGUCCACGCUCGCACGACAACAUGCUGCGCUCAAGAUUCAACCCUCUUCUGGAGACUACGAUGACACUGAAAUUAGCUUGGCUGUUGUAGUUGAAGAUUGCUCCUCAUCCUGCUGUGUUACUGUCAAAGUCUUCCCACAUAUGACUACUGCAGCACUGAAACAGCAGAUGUUUCUUGAGUAUGGCUUUCACCCUCGGGUGCAGCGCUGGGUAAUUGGCCAGUGCUUGUGCAGCAACCAGCGAUCUCUAGCCUCAUAUGGUGUCCGUCAGGAUGGUGACACAGCUUUCUUGUACCUCCUGUCAGCCCGCCAUGCUCGCUUGACACUCCAAGUCCUGCAGCAGGACCAGGAGAGUGCCCUUCUCCUCAGCCCUCCAUCACUAUCGUUACCCAGCCCUCCUCUCUCUUCUACCUCUGCAAAUGGUCCCUCAUCUCAGGACCGUAGGCCAUACACGACCCUUCCCCCAAGACUCCAUACUAGCAGCAACACUGACAGAGGAAACGUCAGUGAGAUCCGAGAUCUCAUCAACCUUGAGAUGCCUCAACUCAAUGAAGCACUGAGCCCCAUCACAUCCUCACAUCAGGGUUGGUCAUGCCCCUCUUGCACUUACAUUAACAAACCAACUCGGCCAGGUUGCGAGAUCUGCAGCACAAACCGACCGGAGAACUACGUCAUCCCGGGUGGAUAUCGACCCGACGCUCUGGAACUCAGGCGCAUCCAGCAGGAGAAGGAGGCUAUCAGACAGUAUCAGCAGGCAAGGGAAGAGGAGCGCAGGAAGAAUUUUGCUAAACUGAUGAUGAUGGAUGGUCAAGAUCUGGUGCCUAAUCCCGAGUCCGUGGACUGUCGGAUCUGCUACGUGGACCUGCAGCCUGGAGAAGGAGUCCUGCUAAGGGAGUGUCUUCACUGCUUCUGUAGGGAGUGUUUACGUUCAGUCAUCAUGUUGAGUGAGGAACCCGAGGUGUCCUGUCCUUACAGAGAUGACACAUAUUCCUGUACGUGCUACCUGCAGGAGAGGGAGAUCAGAGCUUUGGUGUCGGCCGAGGAGUAUGAGCGCUGGCUGCAGAGAGGUCUGUCAGUGGCAGAGUCUCGCUGCGAGGGCAGCUACCACUGUGCUACGCCAGACUGUCGAGGCUGGUGUGUGUACGAGGACACGGUCAAUGUCUUUCACUGCCCCGUCUGUGGGAAACACAACUGUCUGAUUUGCAAGUCUAUCCACGAGGGAAUGAACUGUAAGCAGUACCAGGAUGAUCUUGCAGCCCGUGCUAUAAAUGACUCUGCUGCUAGGAGAACCACACAUCUACUCAAGUCUCUGGUGCAGUCGGGGGAGGCGAUGCACUGUCCCCAGUGUGGCAUCAUUGUGCAGAAGAGGGAUGGAUGUGACUGGCUUCGCUGCACCGUAUGCCACACGGAGAUCUGCUGGGUAACCAGAGGACCUCGCUGGGGGCCAAGAGGCCCUGGAGACACCAGUGGAGGAUGUCGCUGCAACGUCAACAAUCAGAAAUGCCAUCCUAAAUGUCAAAACUGCCACUGAGUUUGACUGAAACUGACACAGAACUGGUCCCUAAUUUAACAAGAGUUGAGACAUAAAAUGAGGAAUUUUACAAUUGUUACAUAUGGUGCAUCAUACUUGUUGUAAGUGGAGAUUUAGCACAUUUCUCACCUUCACUUACUGGCACAAUGGUCUAUGCUGCGGGCUUUUCACUGUAAUCAUAAGGACACGAGUAAUAGGUUGACAUUUCGCUCUGCCUCCCACACAAGGAAACAAUAGCUGCAUGAUUGUAACAAUUCAGUGUUCAGCAUAACUUACUUAAUCACACCUGACUGUAAUGAUGAUAUGUGAGAGCAGAGCUAUGUGGGGAAAUAAUAUUAGUUUGUGUGUGUGUGUGUUUGGUGCCUUUUCAAGAAUGAUUGCACUGCAAAUUUAACAAAACAGGUACAGAUGUGUCUCUUGUGCCGUUUUGGUCGUUACAUACCAGGAUGCAUUAAACUUAAGUGACCUUAUUUUUGUGCAAAAAAAGCUGUAGCAGUGUGUUUAUGGUGACGUUUUCUGGGAAGAUCCCUGUUGCGUCCUUCAUGUGCAAUUUUCUGCAUUGGCAUAGCUAUUCUUAAGUUUACGUUGUGUAUUUUAUUGUGUCUGCAUAACCGAUGCAUUACGUUGUCACCAAAGAAGUUAAAAAGGAGCGUGUGUCUGUCUGACGCUGAUGUGUUGUUGAACCACUGUGUAUUAAGUGUAUUGGUGAAUUGUCACACGUUCAUUUCAGUACUGAUUUCUGUUUCUGUUUGUCUGUUAUGGAACGCAGAUAUGAUGCAGGUGAUGUUUGCAUACUAGUAGGUUACUGGACUAUUUUCUUAUUCCUCUUUGUUUCUUUAAGACAAAAGUGGAUUUUCACGCUGUCACCUUCAAGGAUAAAAGUGAGUGAUCUUCAUUAACGACACUCUUGUGUUCACCAGACAGUAUAUAAAUAAGAUGUAUGCCCGUAACCACACUACUGCCCCCCCCCCCCCCCCCCCCCCAACUAAGAAGCCAUGAGAAAUUCUUCACUGUUUUCUCUUUCCCAUCACAGCACUGUGUUGCUGCUGAUAUUCUGCUGUGCCUUAUCGGUUAAUCAAUAAAUAACCUUUUAACUAA